GGGGACUUCCUUCCCCCGGGAACGGGGCUGGGAGAUUCCCUCAGGAAAGGCCAAGCCCCACCUUCCCGUUCCCGGCCCCGGAGUGCUUUCAGGCCCGUGUCCUAACACGCCCAGCGCCUGCAGGUCUCAAAGCUCCGAGGAUUUUCAGGAUGCCUUGGGCUUGAAUCAUGAGGACACUGUCCCUGAACGCCUACUAGGCCAUGGCCACUGCUCCCUCAGCAUGGCCCUGAGCUGAGCCAAAGAGAGGGGCUAGUCAGUGAGAACCUUGGACUCCUGUGCUUGGGCCCUUCCCCCCAACAAAUCCACCAACAGUGCAACAGGCAAUUCACCUCCCCCCAGUCCCAGCCGCUAUUCAAAGAGAUGUCUGCACUCGCACCUUCUCCUUCCACCACCCCGGCUCCACGGAAGGGAAAGGGAUUUCAGGACUUCAGGCUUACGCGGGCGGGUCGGGACCCCUCACGACCCUCCCACCUCCGAAGGGUGUGUUUCUGGUGCGGGAAGCAGAAGAUGCUAGCCGCGUGAGGCGGAGGGACGGGCCUUCUUGCCCCCCCCCCCCUGGGCUGGAAGAGGAAGAGCGCCCAGGGGAGGGCUGGGCAUGUCCGAGGCAUCGUCCUGCCCCGCCGGCCAGGAGACCCCUGCCCCAGGCUGCAAGCUAGGCGCCUUGUACUGGGCCUGUGUCCGCAAUGACCCUGUCCAGCUCCAAGCCACGUUGGACGGUGGGGUCUCCCCAGAAGAGGCCACCCAGGUGGAUGGCAACGGGAGGACAGGUCUCAUGGUUGCCUGCUACCGUGGCUUCCAGAGUGUGGUGGCUCUGCUCAGCCGCUGCCCUUUCCUCGAUGUGAACCAGCAGGAUAAAGAAGGGGACACAGCCCUCAUGCUGGCUGCCCAAGCAGGCCAUGUGCCUCUGGUGAGUCUCCUGCUCAACUACUACCCGGGCCUGGACCUGGAGCGCCGAGACCAGCGGGGGCUAACAGCACUGAUGAAGGCCGCCGUGCGGAACCGUUCGGAAUGCGUGGCUGCCCUCCUCAUGGCAGGUGCUGACCUGACAGCGGUGGAUCCUGUUCGGGGCAAGACAGCCCUAGAGUGGGCACUGCUGACUGACAGCUUCGACACCGUGCAGAGGAUCCGGAUGCUGCUGCGGCGCCCCCAAAUAGAGCAGCUGAGCCAGCAUUACCAGCCCGAGUGGCCAGCCUUGCCUGGGCUUGUGGCUCAGGCCCAGGCCCAGGCCCAGGCCCAGGCCACCCCAUCUCUCCUAGAGCGACUGCAGGCCACCUUGAGCCUCCCCUUUGCCCAGUUUCCUCAGGAAGGGGGUGUCCUGGACCACCUCGUGACCAUCACGACCAGCCUGGCCAGUCCCUUCCUCACCACGGCCUGCCACACCCUGUGCCCUGACCAGCCACCUGCGCUGGGCACCCGCAGCAAGUCUGUGCCAGAGCUGCUAGGCACUGCCCCGCCCCCUACCCCAGCCCCCCAGCCCCCCCAGGUAGUCCCUGGCUCCCGGGUCCUCAUCCCCUACCAGAGCCAUGAGGGCGUGCUGAGUAUGUGCCCUCAGUGGCUACAGCCUAGGGACAGUAGCAGCCCCAGGCCCCAAGCCCCCAAGAUCCGCCUCUCCAAGGCAUCCUCAUCUCCCACACAGUACAAGCUACAGCCCACGCCUCGAGAGAAUCGAAGGCUAGCCCUUCCUGUCUGGAGAUACCAGGAGCUCAGGAUGGAGAGGAGGAGGCAGGAGGAGGAGGCUAGGUGGGCACAGAAUUAGGGGAAGAUGGGCUAAGGCCAGGCUGGGAGCAGGUGAUCAGGUCCCUCCCUAAGGCUCCUUCACCCUCUAGAGUCCUUCUGCUUUCCCAUCCAUCUCUGUACAAAUGAUUCUACCCUAACCUCCUUAGGGGGUUAUUCAUACAGCAUUGUUUGCAACCGUAAGAGUGAAAACAGCCUAAGCAUCCAUCAACUUAGCCGGGGGACUAGCUAAAUUGAUUAUGGGUGUGAUUACCGUACAUCCAUAUGAUGUAUUCUAUAGAGUGGUAAAACAAGAUUAAGGAAGCUCUUUAUGUUCUGAUAUGAAACUAUCUUCAAGAUGUAUUAAGCGUAAAUAAUCAAGGGGUGGAACAGCGUGUAUGACAUGUUACUAUUUGUCAAAGUAAAAUUUACACCAAGAUAAACUUGACUAAUACAAACAUAGAGUGAGUACCGGGAUGUAUUUAACUACUAAGUGAAUGAAGGAUUGAAGGAGGGGAAGGAAAAACCAUUACUGACAGUGGAGAGAAGAAUGCUUGAAUGAGAUUGGAAAGGUAGGUACAAAAAAGUUUAAUUCCUACCUGGCAAUAAAACCAUCACUUUUGGGGUGCCUGGGUGGCUCAGUCGUUAAGCGUCUGCCUUCAGCUCAGGUCAUGAUCCCAGGGUCCUGGGAUCGAGCCCCACAUCGGGCUCCCUGCUCGGCGGAGAGCCUGCUUCUCCCUCUCCCACUUCUGCUUGUGUUCCCUCUCUCACUGUCUUUUUCUCUGUCAAAUAAAUAAAAUCUUUUUUAAAAAAAAAAGAUCACUUUUUUGUUCUGCCAGAUAAAAAUAAUUUGCUAUUUAUCAAUCUUCUACAGCUUAA